AGCUGAACUUGGCGACGAUGCUCUGUAAUCUGUUGUCUGUGAUCUGGAAUUUUUGUUGUGGAGCAGGAAAUACUGAAGCCACUACCUACGACAACAAAGACACUUCGUCAACCCGGCCGCUAAUCUCCGACCACGUCGCUCCAGCCCCCGAUAGCGCUUCAGGAGACGUCACGUCAAGAGAUACGGAGCAUCCUCCUCGCCAGAAGAAAUAUCUUUCCAGCACCUCAGAUCUUGUGAAGCUGCCUCCAAGCAAGGCACAAAUUCUUGAAGCUUGGGAAAAUGGAGCCGAACCUUGGCAAUCUACCUACUCGGAACGAUUAGAGGACGAGAAGGACUUCUAUUCUGUUUGCGUGUACGAUACAAACCCACCCGACGAUGAAUGGCGCUGGAAUGGAAGACUGGACUUCUCGCUUCACGCGGAUCCCGAUUUCAUUCCACCAUGGUGCACCGUGUGGACAAAGGAGCAGGAGGACGAUCUUUUGAAGAAAGAGAGCGAUGCCGAAUGGGAAGUCCGCGAGCAGAAACGACUGCGCCAAGAGAGACGUGACAGGCUUCUAUAAAGCAUUAAACAUAUUAUAUUCCAGAGAUUUUAUUCACGUUUUGAAUCAAUCAACGUUAUUCAUUUUUCUACACUUGUUCUCGUCAUUUUCCGGUUUCCAUGUGGUCCCCCGUCUCUCCCAUCCAGCUUUAUUUAUUUCGGUUUUAAUUUAAAAUUUCAUAAUUUCAACAUAAUUUCAAAAUUCGAUAUCACAUUUUCUUGUUGAUCUAAUUUGAACUGUUCACUAAUACAUUUUGUUUUAAAUAUAAUACCGUGCGUGCGGAAUAAAUAAUAGAAAACUU